AUGCCGACACACUACGAAGUCGUUGGGGUACCAAAGUCUGCCAGUGCUGAUGAAAUUAAACGUGCUUUUCACAGCGCUGCCCGGAAAUUUCAUCCGGAUAAGCAGACUGGCAAUCCAGUAGUAGGAAGCCCUUUCGAUGACGCACAAUUUCUACGACUUCAAGCCGCCUGGGAAACGCUGCGAGACAAGGAACGUCGUCACACUUAUGAUGCCUCGUUAUCCUUGCAAGAAUCACGACACAUGGCCAAGUGUAGCAGUGCCAUUCCCUUGUCACGGAAUGACUGUGAGAUGGAAUGGGUCUAUGAUGACGAUGUCACGGAGAACAAAGUGCAGGCCUGGGUGACAACCUGUCGCUGUGGAGAACUAUUGGAAUUUAUUCCUUCUGAAUGGAACACGCUAUCACUCGCAGCCCCUCUGCUUUCGGAAUGCCCAGGCUGCAGUUUAGUGUACGAUUGGGCUAAGCUGCGUUUAGGCGAGACUUCGAAACGAAAUUGCGAAUGA